AUGCUUCAGUCUUCUUCUGAGCGAGUGGAGAUGAUGGUGGAGAUCUAUGAAAGUGUAGAUGGUGUUAGAGGUCACGACCCUGAUACAGGGAAGGAAGUUGCUGGUGCAGAGAGACGUCUAGAAGUUCAACUUAGAGGAGGCGACACUGCAUGGAGCAGGUGUUACAGACUGACUGUAGUGUGUGUGGUGCUGCUGUGUGUUCUCCUGCUGACUGCCGUCACACUGCUGUGGAUCAAAUACAACAAUCUGACAGCAGAAUACAACCAGCUACAGAACAGAUACAACACCCUGGUGUUCUGGGAUUCGGGUAAGAGGUGUUUCAGCUUUAACUCCAGUUUUUAUUGCAUGUCUACUGAGAAGAAGAACUGGACUAAGAGCAGACAGGACUGCAGGGACAAAGGAGCAGACCUGCUGAUCAUAAACAGCAGAGAGGAACAGGAGUUCAUCAGUAAACAGCUGGACGGCUCUGUGUAUUGGAUUGGUCUGAGUGACAGAGAUACAGAGGGAGAGUGGAAAUGGGUGGACGGUAAACCACUGACCACUGAGUCCUGGGCCAAAAACGAACUUUCCGAUAAAGAUGGAGUCGAGGACUGUGCUGAGAUUUAUCAUUCUUCAGAUGGAUGUAUCUGGAAUGACUAUAAAUGCUCCGAUACACGACACUGGAUCUGUGAGAAACGUCUUUCUCCGUGUCAUUGAUUACUUUGUAAUGAAAGUGUUUAGAUGCAAAUUGAG